AUGAACUACCUCCUCCGCCACCGCCACCGCCACCACCAUGGCCUCAUCCCACCGUCCCCGCCGUCACGAUUCCUCCCCGGGUCCCUUCCCUCCCUUGUCCUCCACGCCACCCUCCUCCUCCGCUAUUCCCAUUCCCACCCCCCCCCAACCCAUUCCCGCCAUGAAUCCUCCCCAUUCCCCCUCCUCCCACCAUCUUCCAUUUCCGCGGACCCGCUACCACCAACGUCUCCACGAUCUCGCCGGCGCCACAGCCGCCGCGAAUCCUUACCAGGCCUAUCCCUCCCUCCGAUUAUCCGUUCCAUUUCCACCCACAACCGCCGCGACUCUUGUCCCGAUCCCUUCCCACUAUCGCCUACGUCGCGCGCCGAAACGCCGUCGUCUUUCACCACCAGCAACAACGCAACGACACCGACACCCUCUCAACAAAGCCAACAACUGGUUCGUUAUGAAUCAGAUCCAGUUCUCAUGCCUCCCUCGUCACCAUUGGAAUCACCACAACCAUUAUCCCCUUCAAGUUACUUCUACGACGAACAACAUAACUACGUCGCAAAAGCCAAACAAGAUCUCUACGAUAAACAAAGCGAUCUGGCAUGGCCGUUUGGGGAUCUUCAAGGAAUCGACGGCGAUGACUUCAGGGAAACCGCAUACGAGCUGUUCUUCACGGCGUGUAGGUCCUCGCCGGGCUUCGGUGGCCAGAGCAGCCUCACGUUCUAUUCGAAGCAUGAGAAUAAUAAUGGUGUGGGUGCUGGUGCUGGUGGAGCGCCGGUGUUGCAGUCGAGUAGGGUGAAGCGUGCGCUAGGGUUGAAGAUGAUGAGGAGCACCUUGGAUCAGAGAAUUUCGGCGGCGGAGUCUCCGGCGAUGUCGCCGUUGAUGUCGCCUUUGGUAUCGCCGUUGGUGUCGCCGGUGGCGGGAGGUAGCAGCCCCAAGUCUCGGUUGGUGAAGCCGAGGAAGCAGAUGAGUAUGGCGGAUGUGAUGAGGGUGCAGAUGCAGGUGACGGAGCAGAGUGAUAACCGCCUCAGAAAAACCCUAAUGAGGACCCUUGUUGGCCAACUUGGAAGACAAGCAGAAACUAUCAUCCUCCCAUUGGAACUCCUACGCCACCUUAAGCCCUCAGAAUUCAACAAUUUCCAAGAGUACCAUUUGUGGCAGAAGAGGCAGCUCAAGAUGAUUGAAGCAGGACUCCUCUUGUACCCUUCCAUCCCGGUCGAAAAGACCAACCAAUUCGCCAUGAAUCUCAGGGAAAUCAUAAAGAAUGGUGUGGAACAGCCUUUGGACACAGGCAGGAACUCAGAUACAAUGAGAACUUUCAGCAACUCUGUUCUUUCCUUAUCAAUGAGGAACCCUGAUGGUGGUGCUCCCACCAAUGUGUGCCACUGGGCUAAUGGUUACCCUGUCAAUGUUCAUCUCUAUAUACCUCUUCUUCAAUCCAUUUUUGAUCUGAAGGAGGAAACUUCAAUCCUUGAUGAGGUUGAUGAGAUGCUUGACUUAAUGAAGAAAACAUGGACAUCAUUAGGGAUAAAUAGGUCAAUUCACAAUGUGUGCUUUGCAUGGGUUCUGUUUCAAAAAUAUGUGGAAACUGGCCAAGUAGAACAUGACCUACUUUGUGCCUCACAUGCAAUGUUGAAUGAGGUUGCAAGUGAUGCUAAGAAAGAAAAGGAUCCAAAGUAUAUUGAGAUAUUGAAAUCCGUGCUAAGUUCAUUGAAGGAUUGGGGUGAAAAGAGGUUGCUUGCUUACCAAGAAUAUUUCCAAGUUGAGGCUGCUGGAGAAAUUGAGAACCUUCUUCCUGUAGUUUUGUUAGUACACAAGAUUCUAGGAGAUGUUGCACCCUCUGGUGAAGGUAGUGAAGGGAAAGGAGGGGAUAGGGUUGAUGAUUAUAUUCGAUCUUCGAUGAAGAAUGCAUUUGAAAAUGCACUCCAAGCAGCAAAUGCCAAAUAUACUCAAUGUCAAACAAAGAAAGAAAUAAGUGAAGUUAUGUUCCAAUUAGCACAAGAGAUUGAAGACUUGGCAAAUAAAGAAAGACAAAGUUAUAGUCCAGUGUUGAAGAAAUGGCAUCCAACUGCAGCUGCAGUUGCAGCAUUGACAUUGAACAAUUGCUAUGGAUUUGUUUUGAAGCAGUAUUUAACUGAAAUGAUGACAACAGAAACAAGCGAGACAAUUAUAGUACUACAAAGGGCUAAAAAGCUAGAAGAUAUUUUGGUCCAAAUGGUAGUUGAAGACUCGGUUGAUUGUGAAGAUGGUGGCAAAACAGUAGUGACUGAGAUGGUUCCUUUUGAAGUUGAUUCAACCAUAGUUAACAUUUUGAAGAGAUGGAUGGAUGCUUCAAUGCAAAGAGGGAAUUACUGUUUCCAAAAAGCAAAAGAACAUGAAAAUUGGAAUCCAAAGUCCAAAUCAGAGCCUUAUGCAAAAUCAGUAGUAGAGCUGAUGAAUUUGGCAAAGAUAAUUGUGCAAGAAUUCUUUCUACUUCCAGUACCAAUAACUGAAGAUUUAGUCCAAGAACUUGCUACUGGAUUACAAAAUCUCUUCAAGGAAUACACAAUGUUUGUAGCAGCAUGUGGUUUGAAAGAGAACUAUGUGCCAAAUCUUCCACCACUCACCAGAUGCAAUAGGAAUUCAAAGUUCCACAAGUUUUGGAAGAUAGCUACACCAUGCAGAGUAACAUGUGAAGAUCCACACAUGUAUGGAAUAUAUGAAGCUAGGCAUCCUCAUGCAUGUACCAGCCGCGGAACGCAGCGCCUUUACAUUCGAAUCAACACCUUACACUAUCUCCUUCAACAUAUCCCUUCCCUUGACAAAUCACUCUCCUUGUCCAAAGGAGUCGUUCCUUCGAUUCGCCAUAGUUUCAAAAAUAUACAGAGCCCUUUAACAAACAGCAGCAAAAGCACUUCAUACUUUGAAACAGCAAACUCUUCCAUCUUAGCAGCAUGCCAGCACCUCUCAGAAGUUGCAUCCUAUCGCCUCAUAUUCUUUGACUCGAACUCUUUCCUCUAUGAAACACUCUAUGCAGGGGAUGUAGCCAGUGCCAGAAUCCAACCAGGACUCACUGUUCUCAAGCAUAACCUCAAGCUGAUGACUGCGAUUCUGACCGAAAGAGCCAGAGCACAGGCAAUGAAAGAGAUCAUGAAGGCAUGCUUUGAUGCAUUCCUUAUGGUCCUGCUUGCUGGUGGAACCUCAAGGAUGUUCAAUGAGUCAGAUUACAUUAUGAUCCAAGAAGACUUUGAAAACUUGAAGGCUGUGUUCAUCAACUGUGGAGAAGGGUUGGUUGGUGAUGAAGCAGUGGAGAAAGAGAGUGAGGUAGUUGAAGGGGUUAUAGCAUUGAUGGGGUUGAGCACUGGAGAGUUGAUGGAGACUUUGACCAAUAUUGUGUUAAGUGAUGAGGGAAAUGGUGUUAUUGGACACAAGUUGCCAAUGCCUCCAACUACAAGGAAGUGGAGUAGAACUGACCCCAACACAAUAUUGAGGGUCUUAUGCUAUAGAAAUGAUAAAACUGCAAACCAUUACUUGAAGAGGACAUUCUCAAUAGCAAAGAGGAGAUAACAGCAAAGGAGGUAUGUUAGGCUUUGUUUGGUAAUUGUCUCAAACCAACAAUAUAGAUACACUUAGAGACACACAAUUUUUUGAAAACAAAAAUAUA